AUGGAGCCUGGCGGGGACCACCGGAGUCGGAGCGGCGGCGGCGGCGGCGGCGGCAGGGGCGGCCCCGGGCCAGCAGCGGCCUCGGCACGGGGCCGACGGCUGCCGCCCGCCGGAUCGAGCGGCAGCGCGGAACCCGAGGAGGACGACGGCGGGCAAGAUCUUCAGCUGGAAGGGGGUGCCUUAGGGUCCUGGGGGAGUGCCCCCCUGCCCUCCUCCAGGGCCAGGGGACCAGCAUCUUCAGGCAGGAAAUACUCAGACCACUGUGAGGCCCGGGCCUCGAGGCCUGGCAAAAGCCGCAUUCCUGGCCGUGACCAUCGUCGUUACUACCAUGACCACUGGCGGCUGGAGUACCUGAUGGACUUCAACCCGGCUCGGCACGGCAUGGUCUGCAUGGUGUGCGGCAGCUCCCUGGCCACUCUCAAGCUCAGCACCAUUAAGCGACACAUCCGCCAAAAGCACCCUUACUCCCUGCACUGGAGUCCCCGGGAGAAGGAAGUCAUCAGCAACAGCUGGGAUGCCCAUUUGGGGCUGGGGGCUUGCGGAGAGGCCGAGGGGCUGGGGGCCCAGGGGCCUGAGGAGGAGGAGGAGGAGGACGAGGAAGAGGAGGAGGAAGGGGCUGGCCUCCAGACUAGCCUGCCCAAGGGCCCAGGCAAAGCCCCAGCUGGUGGGGGCGGCCGGCGCCGGAGGCGAGGGGGCCCAGGGGCACCCGGGGCUCCGCGUCGGUGCCUCUCAGCCUCCCGGAGGGCUGGGGGCAGCAGGGGGCUGGGUGCCCGGCGGCUGGAGCGGAGGCUGAAGGAGUCCCUGCAGAACUGGUUCCGGGCAGAGUGUCUCAUGGACUAUGACCCGCGGGGGAACCGGCUGGUGUGCAUGGCCUGUGGCCGGGCACUGCCCAGCUUGCAGCUGGACGACAUCCGUGCCCACGUGCUGGAGGUGCACCCUAGCUGCCUGGGGCUCCGCGGCCCCCAGCGUAGGGCCCCCCAGGCUAGCGCCCUGCUGCAGGCCUGGGGUGGCCAGCCGGAGGCGCUGUCUGAGCUCACCCAGUCCCCACCAGACGAUGACCUCGUCCCCCAGGACCUGACCAGCAAGAGCCGGGACCCGGCCCCCGCUGCUGGAGCCCCGUCCUCUCAGGACCUCAGCCCCCCAGACGGAAAGGAAGAGGCUGGCUGGGUCCCUGAGAGGGUGCCCGGGCCGGCAGGGGAGGAGGAGCCGGAGGAGGGCGAGAGGGUGGGGGUCCCCGGCCGGUCUGCGCGGGGCCGCGACCCCCGCCGCCACUGCCCGGAGCGCUGGCGGCUGGAGUACCUCCUGGAGCUGGACGGCGGCCGGCGCGGCCUGGUGUGCCUGGCAUGCGGGGGCGCGCUGGCCUCGCUCAAGAUGAGCACCAUCAAGCGGCACAUCCGCCGGCGCCACCCGGGCUCCGCGCGCCUCGGCGGGCCAGUCGGGGCCCUCAUCGCCCAGGAGUGGAGCGAGAAGGCCGCUCACCUGCUGGCCCUGGGGCUGCCCUGCCCCGAAUCGCCCGGGGACCCCGCCGCCCCCAGCACAGCCGCAGCCUCCGAGGAGGGGGGAGGGCCAGAGGAGGAGCAGCCAGAGGAGGAGGAGGAGUGGUGGGGCGACGUCCCGCUCUCCCCUGGGGAACCGUCGGAACGGCAGGCGGAGGAAGAGGAGGACGACGAGGACGGCCCGGACCCCGGGGCGCUCGCCUUCCCUCCGCCGCCGCCGCCGCCGCCCCCACCUCCCCCGCCCCGCAGCCGAGAGCAGCGGCGGAACUACCAGCCGCGCUGGCGGGGCGAGUACCUGAUGGACUACGACGGCAGCCGGCGCGGCUUGGUCUGCAUGGUGUGCGGGGGCGCGCUGGCCACGCUCAAGGUCAGCACCAUCAAGCGGCACAUCCUGCAGGUGCACCCCUUCUCCAUGGACUUCACGCCCGAGGAGCGCCAGACCAUCCUGGAGGCCUACGAGGAGGCGGCGCUGCGCUGCUACGGUCACGAGGGCUUCGGGCCGCCCGCCCCGGCGGCGCCGCGCGACGGCGGCGCGGACCUCAAGGCGGGCGCCGUGUGUCGGGCCUAGAUCACCCGAGGGGGAGGGCGGCGGUGCCGGGCCGACUCCCCCGGCUCCCCGCGGCCCUGGUCACUGCCCACCCCCGCUGGCCGGGCAGGGCGGAGACUCUCGGGACUGGGGUGGCGUGGCGGGUUCAAGCUAGUGCGGGCGCCGCGGGAAGCGCCCUCUUCUCCUCGGACCCGGAGCCCGGGCCUUCGCCGCUCCAGGCCCCAAGUUCCUGAGAAGACUCGGUCGGUGCACGGAGAGCUUUCGGCCCGCGGUCGCACCCCGCCAGGCCAGCCUUGGGCGGGCGGGGCGCCGUCAGUAUUAGGGUCCCAAGUAGGUGGAGCGGAGGGCGCGCAGAAGGGACGCGCAGGUCCCUUUUUCUUGGCUGGGCGAGUGGGGGGCGCUGAGGUUUCACAGAGGCACGCCGGCAGGCACGGCUCUCGGGGACCGGGGCCAGCUGCCCCCUAGCCGUUCGUUACUGGCCAUCGCGGCCGCUCCGUGGCCUGGACUGCAGGCGAGGGCCUUCCUCGCGAGGAGGGGCAGUGGGGCCUGGGAGCCCGCCGGCCCGCGGGUGGGGGAAGGCGCUGGCGACCGCGGGCGGGAGGCCGGGCGGAAGGGCGGGGCCGGGCCCGAGCCCCGCCCGCGGGGCGGGCUCUGCGGGGACCGCCGCGCCCUCCUGCCCGGCUCCUGCCACGCCUGCCGGCGCCGAGAUCUUGUAAAGGGAUUAGCACUUUCCUCCUUUGCUCGCCUGCUCCGAAGGUCUGCCUGUACCCCUAAGCUCAGUCAGGCGCGCCUGCUUCAAGCGCCCUCAGUCCGAGUCCGGGACACUGGAGGUCCCGGCAGUUGGCGUUCUGUUCCCGUCCCCUUCCUGCCCCCCCUUUUGUACGCCGUGGACGUGCCACCCAUUCGCAGCCCUCUGGGCCUGGGGCCGGGCCUCGGCCUUCCUUUCUCUCUCCGCGGCAGAGCCAGGCCGCGAGGGGCCGGGAACGGGUCCCGCGAUCUCCAGGCAGGUCCGAGAGGGAUGUGUACAUUCAUUCUCCUGUGGAGAACAGGUGGCCCCGGGAUCAGGCCCUUUUUGCUCUUUGUAUUUUAUUUUGAAACUGUAUUUAAUGCUUUUAUAUGAGAGGGGGAGGGGCGGGAAGAGAGCUGUCCGUCACCCUUAUGUGCAAAUGUCUUAUUUAUUAUGCGUGUAUCAGAGAUAAGCUGUGGAGGAAGGACCUAAAGGUAGGAGGAGCGAGGAGGCGCGGGCGGGGGGACCCCAAACAUCAGAGACUAAUGUGUGCCUCACCAGGCUCCUCCGAGGAGUCUCUAGUAACCCACUGGCGCUCUCCACAUAGCCAGGCCGGUUCCUUUGGUCUUAAAGGCUGAGUGGGGAGAUCAGCGGGUGGGGUCUUCAGGGCUGGGUCUGGAGGGGUACCGGCCUUGGCAGCUGCCUCUGUGGGUGGGAAAGCAGAGAGCAGAGAGGAAAGCCUUCCUCAUCUCAGUGCUCCCAGGCCAGAGCCCAAGGUUCAAGUGCCUCAAGGCCCACUCCCCUCGACUUCUGAUUGGGAAUUGAAUUUUAUACCACGGAUUUUAUAGCAUUUUUUAUAUAACUCAAGAUUGUCUGAGCUGGAAAGACCUUGGAGAUCAACCAGUACCUGCCCCCACCCCUUUCACAGAUAAGUAAGAUGGAGUCCAGGAACUGAAAUUAUCACACACCAGGUAGGAGCAAUUCUAGGACUAGAAUAAAAACCUCAACUCCCAGUUCAGUGUUCUUUGCACUACACCAUAUGGCCUCCCGAUCUCUGGUAAGUUAAUAUUUCUUUUACCGUUAGGCCUGCCGAAGGAUGGCGUGUGCUGGGCUCUGCAGUCCCUCCCAGUGCAGCUGUGGGCUACUGGGGGUGGCAGAGAGCAGCACACUUUCCUGGAACAAGUAUUCAACAGGGCAGUCUUGCCACCACUGGCUUUAGCUGGAGGGUGCCAGCAGCAGCUUUCUGGACCAGAACUCCAGAAGUAGAGCUGACUGCCGCCUGGCCCAAGGCCUCCCUGCUGGGCAAAGGCUCUGGCAUUGUGUUGAUGCCACCAGGGGUUCAGGGAAUACUGCGUGGGCUGUCACUCAUCUGAAAAGUGAAUUCCUAGAGUGUUUGAACCUCCAGGUUUUUUGAGACAGUAUUAAAAGAGCAGGGAUUAUGGAUGGCCCCAGGUUGGGUACUGCCAUUCUUUUAUUUUCCUUCAUGCAUGUUGUUUUCAGAUCCAGGAGUGCUCUGCCACUUUUGCUACUCUGCCUGUUCAAAAACAGUAGGCAGACUGGGGCAACUAUCACAGUCAUCCACACCCUCUGCCGAAGUUCAGGUAAGCCAGGGCAGAGAGCAGGGUGAGAAUGGUCUUUGCUCUCAAUAGGCAGGGAGAGGCCUUAGGAGGGCAAGAGUGGAUGUCUUCAUUGAGAAGCAGCCCCAAACACUCCACUGGUUCUCAAAAGUGUGGCCAACAGAAAUUAGGAAGUUAGUAGAAAUGCAAAUUCUUGGGUGGCACCUUAUGGAUCAGAAACUGGCAUGGAGCCUAGCAAUCUGUUUUGAUAAGCCCUCCAAUGAUCAUAAGGCACGCUAAAGUUCUGAGCACCAGUGAACUACAGUGGCAUUGUGGUUAUUGCUACUUUGCAGCUAUUAUAGCCUCUUGAAUCAACAGUCAGGAGCUUAGGUGGUUCUCAUCUCUAGGUGCCUCCUCCUUGCCUUGGGAGUCUGAUAUGAACAGGUGAAGUUUCUUCAUGAAUCUUUUUUGUUAAUGGUAUGCUUGCUAUUAUGGCCAAUAUGUAAAUGUUACUCUGAAUACAUAUUUAUAUACCAUGUUAGUGACAUUAUUUGAACAUUUGUAUGCGUAUUUGUGAAGUUGUUUGCAUCAGUUACUUUUUAAAAAUUUCAGCCUAAGUUUUCUAAGAGGUAUGUUGAAUAAAUUAAAAAAAAAUCACCUUAAGGGUCAUGGCAACCUUAGUUUUGGGAAAGAGCAAAUCCAAGAUAAGUUCUUUCAGCAAACACCUGAUGGAAGUUUCCAUUUUCCAUGGUGACUGAGUCUUAUUGUAAGUACAUUGUGACUGUGUGGGAGUUACAGGCUGCUUCAUGUUGCAGGUGGGGGAAUCCUCCUAGGUUGCUGUGAACUGGGACUACAGACCCCCCUGGCCCCUUCCACUCAUCAUCUUUCUCCUACAGUCACCUCUUAGAGGGUCUCUUAUUUUCUUUGAGAAACUAAAUGCACAGCUUUGCUCUAUUAUGGAAAUUCUGCAAUCUUGGAAAUCAUUACUAGUAUCAACUAUUAGUCACUUUUUAAAGCCUCGAAAGUGGAGUGGGGAUGGGGGCCAGUGGAAGCCUCGUUUGGUUCUUACUUUACCCAAACUGUGUAUAAAGAAUAAAGUUAGCAGAAUGACACCACA